AUGUUUUUUUGUCCUUUUUGUUGUCCCCUUCCCCUUCUUGGCCAAUCGCUUGCCGCCCAGCCACCCGCAAGUGCACACCAGCCGUCCCUGCACUCCUUGCGAAUGGAGUCUGAAGCUCCUCCGGGUCUGGCCGGUGUGGCGGACCCGGAUGCCGAGGACGACGACGAGGUUAUCCGGGAGCUGGACGUGUUCCUGUGCAACGGCCGCGUUGAUGCCCAGUUGUUCCUGCUGCAAUUCCCGCUGCGACCUUCGUGGCGACCCUACGAGCUGGAAGAUUGCGAUGAGAUGCGUUUCAAAAAACAAGCUAGGCGCCUGGAAAUGGAGCUGCCACUUUGCUCCGACAGUGACAACUAUGAUGCCGAUGUGGAAGAUCCGAAACUGCUGAUUAAGAAGAUCACUCUACAGUCAAGUGAAGUGGACAUGUCGACCUCCUACACGGUUGGGAGGAUCGCUAGCAAUGCUCUGUACCUCACCCCAAUCGAUGCCGCAUUUCAUAUGCGGCCAGACAUGCGUCAUUUGGACAUGGCAAACCCAGAUGUCAAGGAGAAAGAGCCAAAGGAAGUAGAGGAAGGCCUUACGCAGCUCCAGGUAUUAUGA